CAGUACGAUAAAUGUGCCAGCCUGUUGCUCAGCUACUGCCAGGACGCCUCUUCUCGGCCAAAUCAAAAUGGUAAACUUGUUGGGGGCUCCUCUGGAUCCGCAUCCGCUCCUUUAUCUUCCUCACCAAAUGCCACCCCAACUACCUCUAAUAAUGGCUCAGUAGGUUUAACUGAUCCACUAAAUAGUUCUGUGGACUGCCUUUCUCCAGCUCCUGGUUGCAACCGGUCUUUUCUCCACCCUGGAUUCGGAUCCGGACCCUCUUCUGGUGUGAGUUCUGGUCCCACCGGUGGUGGUCCCUCCAACUCCGGCCCCACUAUGGUCACGGGAACUGGCUCUAGCUUCACAAAUUCUCAGUCUGGAAUCCUCACUGGUUCAGUUCUUGGUCCCGGAGUUUCCUCGUCUACAGGGCUCAUGACAGAUUCUGCGACUUAUAGCCUCAUGCAAUGUCCCACUACUUACACCUUAUCUCCAGUAUUCCAGCGUCUGGCUCAGCCAUCUACAGUUCAAGAUGUUGUGGCAGCCGCUUUCUCACAUCACCAACUGGCUAGCAAGAACUCUUUCAUCAUUCAUCUACUCGAGGCUCUGGCCGACAGCCACGAGGUGGGCCUUGUGCGUGAGCUGAAGGAUUGCCUCACCUUGUUGACGCAGUUUGGAAAGUCGGAACAUGCCUGUGUCGCCCUGGCAGCUCGGCGUCUUCUCAUUAUGGCACAAACCCCAGCAUUUGAGCUGCGCAGAAACCAGGAAAGUUUCUUGCAAAUUAUGAUACACUUGUUAUAA